CCAGGCAACUCCAGAGGCACAUCUGCAACUUAGGAAGAGGAGAAGAAGAAGAAGAAGAAGGAGGAAGACAAAUCAUUUAUUUUCUGAGACGAAUCAAAAGCCAGUCAAGAAUUAGAGGAGGAAAACACCCAGAAAGAAUUAUCUCGUCUCCAUGAGGUGCUGAGGAAUGAGCGAUCGCCAUGGAAAACCAAUCCCAGGCCAGUUCAGCAGCUGAGAAGAAGAAGCGAGUGGAGACCAUCGUGGCGACCAAGGGCUCGUCAGCGCGCAAUGACAUCAGCGAGAAGGCGGUGGCCUCCAGCACCACCUCAAACGCUGAGGACGAGAGUUCAGGGACGCCUUACCACCGCGAGAGGCGCAAUGCUAUCAGCUCCCAGGCCCCGACGCCCGGCGCCCCCGACAGGAACGUAAACGAGGAGCCCUCCACCUCCACGGAGGAACGGCCCUCGCUUCUCAAGAAGGAGCUGCACGGUUCCCUACCCCACCUGGCCGACCACGCCCUGCCCUACCGAGGCACUCUGUUCGCGAUGGACCCCCGCAACGGCUACCUAGAUUCACACUAUCCUGCACCGCAGUUCUUCCCUACCUUCCAUCAUCCUGUGCCGAUUGACGACAGACAUGCCCAGGGACGUUACAUCUACGAGCCUUCCCCUGUGCCCCCUCUUCAUGUGCCUCCUGCGCUGGCGGGCAGUCCGGCUUUCUCCGACAUCUCCCUCAUCCGGAUCUCGCCACAGCGGAACCCCUCCGUGGGGGCGGAGUCGCCCUUUCACCCUCCACACCCCUACAUUAACCCAUACAUGGACUACAUCCGCUCACUCCACAGCAGCCCCUCCAUCUCCGUUCUGUCAGCCACCCGGGGCCUCAGCCCUGCAGAUGCCCCUCACACGAGUCUGACCACGGCUGAGUACUACCACCAGAUGGCUCUGCUGGCGGGCCACCGUAGCCCGUACACGACCGACCUGCUCCCUUCUGUGGCGUCCACGGCCGGCGCCAGCAGCGCCAGCGCCCUGCACAUGGAAUACCUGCAGGCAAUGGACAGCUCUCGCUUCCCGAGCCCGAGGCUGCCAUCACGGCCCAGCAGGAAGCGCCCCCUGCCCAUCUCGCCCCUUUCCGAGCACAGCUUUGACCUGCAGACAAUGAUUCGCAACUCGCCCAACUCUCUCGUCACCAUGCUGAACAACUCCCGCUCCAGCUCCUCCACCAGCGGCUCCUACGGUCACCUCUCUGCUGGAGCCAUCAGCCCGGCGUUAAGCUUCGCCUACCCUCCGACCCCAGUGGCUCUGCACGUGCACCAGCAGCUGAUUGGCCGCCAACCGGGCAUCGUGGGCUCCGCCUUCGGCCACAGCCCGCCCCUCAUCCACCCGACGCCGGCCUUCGCCACCCAGAGGCCCGUACCCGGCAUCCCCCCCUCUGGGCUCAGCGCCAGCGAGCGCUCUGUCGUCUCCAACGACUCCUCACAGACCAAACCAACGAGUGAAUCUGCUGUGAGCAGCACAGGAGACCCGAUGCACCACAAACGCUCCAAAAUGAAACCAGAGGAAGAGUUGCCGAGCCCAGGUGCAGUGAGCGUACAGGACCAUCCUGACGGCAUGACCCUGGUGAAGGAGGAGGGAGACAAGGAUGAGAACAAACAGGAGCCAGAGGUGGUUUAUGAGACGAACUGUCACUGGGAGAACUGUUGCCGCGAGUUUGACACGCAGGAGCAGCUAGUACAACACAUCAACAAUGACCACAUCCAUGGGGAAAAGAAGGAGUUCGUGUGUCGGUGGGAGGAAUGCUCUCGAGAGCAGAAGCCCUUCAAGGCACAGUACAUGCUGGUGGUCCACAUGCGCAGGCAUACUGGGGAAAAACCACACAAGUGCACAUUUGAGGGCUGUACCAAGGCCUACUCCCGUCUGGAAAACCUUAAGACUCACUUGCGUUCCCAUACGGGGGAGAAACCGUAUGUGUGUGAGCACGAAGGCUGCAACAAGGCCUUUUCCAACGCCUCAGAUCGGGCGAAACAUCAGAAUCGCACGCACUCGAAUGAGAAACCGUAUGUGUGUAAAAUCCCGGGCUGCACCAAGCGCUACACGGACCCCAGCUCCUUGCGCAAGCACGUGAAGACGGUGCACGGUCCGGAGGCGCACGUCACCAAGAAACAGCGUGGAGAUUACCCACGCCCUCCGCCCCAGCCCCGGGAGCCAGGGGGCAACGGCCAGGGCCGGUCGCCAGGGCAACUGCCCCUGAGCGGGUAUACAGACCAAAGGGAGUACAACCACGCUACCUCAAAACAAGAUGAAUGUCUGCAGGUCAAGUCCAUCAAGACAGAGAAGCCCAUGACGUCUCAGCCAAGCCCUGGCGGUCAGUCUACAUGCAGCAGUGACCAGUCCCCCAUCAGCACCUAUCCCAGCAGUGGAGUCCAGCUUGCUGUGAGCGCCGGACGCUCGCCAGGGGAGGGGCUGGAGGAGGACGAGGAGAAAGAGGAAAACGAAGAGGAGGCAGAGGAGGAGUGUGAGGGUGAGCCAGCCCCCAUUAUGGACUCCACGGUCUCCACGGCGACCGCGGCCAUGCUGACCCUGCAGGCGAGGCGAAGUGUCGGCCGCCCCCUGCGCUGGAUGGAGCACAUCAAGAUGGAGCGGCUGAAGCAGGUGAAUGGAGCGCUGCCCAGGCUGGGGCCCCUGUCCCCUACACCGCCCCCCAAAGGUUCCACAUUACCCAACAUCCUGGGGAAGGGAUCCUGUCUGGGCAGGCAGUGGGGGGUGUCUGCGCCACAGCCGCCUGCUCAUGCUGAGCUGGGCAGCACAGAGCUAACAGUGCUCAACUUGCUCCGAGACCGGCGUGACAGCAGCGGUAGCGCCACCAGUUCGGCCUAUCUGAGUAGCAGCCGACGCUCCUCAGGCAUCUCCCCCUGCUUCUCCAGCCGACGCUCCAGCCAGGCUUCCCAAAGUGAGGGUACGAUGGCGGUCGGCCACCACCGCCGCCUCCACAACCUCAGCUCCACCGACUCUUACGACCCCAUCUCCACUGACGCCUCCCGCCGGUCCAGCGAGGCCAGCCAGUACGGAGGUGGGGCAGGAGGAGGGGGUGGAGGGAUAUUCUCAGGCGGGGGCUGUGGAGGUGUAGGAGGAGUAGGCAUGGGAGGAGGAGGGGGCUCACGGGGCAUGCUUAAUUUAACCCCAGCGCAGCACUACCACCUUAAAGCCAAGUAUGCAGCAGCAACUGGCGGCCCGCCUCCUACGCCUCUGCCCAACAUGGAGCGCAUGAGCUUGAAGACUCGCAUGGCCAUGAUGGAUGAGGGUGGUAGCAACCACUGUUUGCCGCCUCUAGUCAGGCCACAUCGUUGCAGUGAAGGCACCAAUGGGUACACUAAUGGGUAUAUGGGACACGCAGGUUACAGGAGGAGGGUCCUCUAUCCUGGUGAGGGACCACUGAAUGGGAACCGGAGGGCCAGUGACCCGGUCCGGACGCAGGCUCCUGAUUUUUGCAGUUUGCCCCCAGUGCAACGCUUCAACAGCCUUAACAACCUCCACCCUCUUCCACCUCUGUCCCAUCAUUCUACACCUGAAACCCGCAACUUUAGCCUACAGAACUACACGCGCUCAGAGGGCAACCUGCAGAGAGGUCUGCAGCACUCACCGUACACUCCCAGCAUCGCAGAACAUGCAGCCUUAGAAGCCCUGGCCAUGGAGGAUGACGGGGAGGCUGGCCUGUUGCUUGGGGAUGAGGAUAUGCUACCAGAUGACCUGGUGCAGUAUCUCCACUCCCAGGUUCAAGUGGACGGUGGCUCCUACAUGCACAUUGAGGACCAAAUAGCUUCUAGCCAAAGGGACACCUCUCAUCCAUCCAUGGAGGAGUUGGUACAGAUGCAGACAUCAGGGUUGAACUUCGCCUUCCCUGGGUCCCAUAAUCUCCAGCAGCAGCAGAUGGCAGAGAGGAAGAGCCCCAGUAAGCUUCCCAUCCAGUGGAAUGAAGUGAGCUCUGGGAGUGCUGACAGGUCUCCUCAGAGAGGACAACACCACCAGACACAGUGUGGAAGGUGGUCGGGCGCAGAACACGGACCCAUAUCUGCACCUUUUGGCAGGUUUGGAAACAUGGUGGUUCAGCAGCAAGUGUCCCUUGAUUUCCAGAACAGUUGUUCCCAAGCUAAUCAGUCUCAGAGUGCUUGCUGUGUCAACGCCGGGGUGAAGCUAGAAACGUCGCCUAACUCCUGCAUGGACAUGAGAGGUACUAAUCACAACUCAACAAACACCUUUGGCAGGCCUAACUUCUCACAGAUCAUCGAUGAGCCUCUUCCCCCGGGCUUCAAACAGCAGGCCUCCAAUGGACCUCAAAAACAGAGCCACUUCCAGCAGAACCACAACAGUAGCACCUCUUGUCAAGUUGGGAACAACCUAAACCAUAACAGGGGCUCCAUGGACAACCUCCCCAGCCUCUCCCAGGGAACUGCUCUUCUUCAUCACAAUCGGCAGGUCCAUGCCCCUCGCCCACCAAUCAACAGUUACAGGAACUUGGUCAGGACCCAGCAGUACCUCGGUGCUGAGAGCGCCAAUGAAAUCCAGGGUAGCCUCAACCAGCAGCAACAACUGCAAAGGAGUGGGGACCAUUGUUCCCUGGCACAUCAGGUAUCUGGGCUGAAACUGGAGGCCCCAGACCAUGGAUACUUAGAGCAGGGCUUUGGUGACUGCCUCUCAUACGAACCAGCGGAUCGCAAGGCCCCCUCAUUCCCUGUCCUGGAGGACCAGUGCUUGCUUGACUCCAUGGCUGAGUCAGAAGUGGGACAAGGUGUUGGCACUGGUAACGGGAACUCAGUUGCUCUUCUCUCCCCUGGUGCAGACCAGGUAACCAGCACAGUGGAAGGCAAUGUGCCUGGUGUAUUAGAUGAGGGUGUAAGUCUGGACUUUGGUGCCAUGCUGGAGGAUGGCUAUGAUCAGGGUAGCUUGGUCUCAGGGGUGCUGAGUCCCUCUAUCUUCCAGGGUCUAUCCAGGACCUCAUCACGCCUGACCACCCCUCGAGCAUCCACAACCUUCCACAGCGUGGCCCCUGGCCUAAACAACAUGGCCAUUGGAGACAUGAGCUCUCUCCUCACCACCCUUGCUGAGGAGAGUAAGUUCCUGGCUAUCAUGCAGUAGUGUCUCUCUCUCUCUCUGCUUUCUCCUCCCUAAGGAAAAAUGGAAAAAAAGGAAGAGAAAAACUCUGGUGUAUGUGAAGAUUAAGAAAAAAGUGGCAAUUAUGAAAACUUUAUUCUGUACUUAAAGUGUUCUAGAACAGGCAGUUGCCAAAACUCAUUUAUUUUGUAAAAAAUGUCAUCCCACACAGAAACGGGAUGUGUCAAAAUUAUGUAUAGUUAAUAAAUAGUUAUAUUCCUUUUCUGGAAUGAAGGCUAUUUUUGGAAGCCCUUCUCUUUGUAUUACUAUGUGAUGGGGAGCAAAAGCUCACGUCUUUGAAAACAGUAUUCUGUGUAUUGUCACUGUUUUUGCUGUACACACUGUUGGUAAAGAAAAAAAAAUGCAUGCAUUUGAGGUUAAACAUUCAACACUGUCUAUAUAAAUACAUAGACUAGCCCAUGUGCCAAGUAUCUACCGUUCCGAUCCCACAGGUACAAAAUCGGUAAAUCCAUUCUUGUUCCAGCAGGUGAGACAUGGGUCAUGUAUUUAACAGGCCCUGCUGAUAACUUUAUAUAUCAUAGGUUUUAAUAAGUGGUAUAUUUACAUUCGUUGUCAUUUUGUUUGUAUGUUACUUUUGUGAAUCUGUAAAUGUUUCAGUGCUUCUACCAACUUUUACCAAGUGGUGUUUUUGUCCAGAUGGUAUCGAGUCCAAAAAAUGAUGGACAACACAUCCAAGUCUUCAAGGCACCGUAGAUAGUCGUCUACUUGAUAUCUAAAUGGCUUGAUUUAGUUAGUCUGGUAAGGUACUCAGUGUAUAUAACAGUGUUUUUAUAUUCUGUUUGUGAUAAUCUGUUUUUCGAUGUUGGAUUGCACGGUUGUUCGGAGCUGAUGUGAAAAUGGACAUUUUCUCCUCAAUGAUCAGAGGUCCCAUUUGGUGCUUUAUGUUUGCUUACAUGAAUUGAGUACUUUAUGGUUUUAAUCUGUCUUAACGACCAUCAGUGGUCCACAGCACAUGGAUUUUCCUCUCAUAAUGAUAAGUGCUGUAAAGUGAUGUGUUUUGUUUUAUAGGAAAUCAUCUGUAUUGUUUUCUCCAAAGCUCUUAAAUUCAGAAUGUGUACUGCCAUCAAGUAUUGCAGUGACUUUGUCAGCAGUGUUAGUAUUGCCUUGCAGUUGUAUGUGACUGCGCACAGAAUAUUGAGUAGUUUACCUUUUAUUCAGCGUCAAAGCAAUGAGGUACAAAUUGUUUUACUGUUCUGUACUGUACUGUUUGGUACCAUUUGGUCAUUUUUUGUAGCUGUGCAUUGAUUGUGUUUUUUUUUUUUUCUUCAAAGAAGUAGAAAUCAUUUCCUUUGAAAGAAGGAAAUUACAUUGAGGUAUGUGCCUUAUACGUAUCUGCCUGUCGGUAAAGAGAAAGAUCACUGCCAAUCUUCCAUUGUGAAUUAUGAAAAAAUAAAAAUUAAACAUGUAAAGUGUCUUGUGAGACCUGAAAAAAGAUAAAAUGCUAGAACAUUUAUAUGAGAAAAGUCUGAAUAUCAGAAAAGUUAAGAUUUGCGAAAUGCAUUCUACUUUUCUUUGAUUUUGUUUUUUUUUUCACAUUUAUUGUGCUUUUAUAUAUAAUAUGUAAAUACAAUACUCUUUCUGUAGGUUUAGCAGAGGAAAUGGGGGAGUAUCCUGGGGCCAAGAAAGAACUGACUUUGAAAGCAGGGAUUCCCAGGCCCUGGGUAGAGGCCAGACAGAUCUGGCUCAGAGCGGAGCUUCAAGUGCCCAGCGCUGCCCCUCCGCCAGAAGAGCCACUUUGCUCUUUUAUAACUGACUACAAAUGUUUGUAUGGUUUUAAUAAAA